AAUAACAUCAUGGCCGAAUCAAUGUCUGUAAUUCUUUUGCUUCUGGUUUUAACGUCGUAUAAAAUGAGUUGUUUGCAUGCACAAGAUCUUCCUAUUCUGAUGCCCCAUUACUACGAGAAAAGCUGUCCCUGUGCAUUUCCCAUCAUAAGAAAUGAGAUGCACCUCGCUCUUCUCAAAGACCCUCGCAUGGCCGCUUCUCUUCUUCGCCUUCAAUUUCACGAUUGCUUUGUUCAGGGCUGUGACGCAUCUUUGCUUUUGGACGACACGCCAACAUUACGAGGGGAGAAGACAGCCAAUGCAAACAUCAAUUCUGCGAGAGGUUUUGACGUCAUUGAUUUGAUUAAAACUAAACUGGAAAGUGAGUGCCCCGGCGUUGUUUCUUGCGCGGAUAUUAUCACCAUUGCUGCUCGGGAUGCUGUACUGCUGAGUGGAGGGCCUUACUGGGAAGUAUCUUUAGGCAGAAAGGACUCAUCAACUGCAAGCUUCAAUGAUGCCAACAAUAACAUUCCAACACCAAAUUCAAACUUACAGACUUUGAUCACAUCAUUUCAGAAGCAGGGACUUUCAACUGUUGACAUGGUGGCAUUACUGGGUGGUCACACAAUUGGGAACGCUCGAUGCCAGAAUAUAAGGCCAAGAAUUUAUAAUAACAGUGCAAGCAUGGCUUUUUCUGAGCCACAUCUAUCUAUGGUUAAAGCAGCGUGCCCUCCAAGUGGGAAUGAUAAUGGUGUUUGGCCUCUGGAUUUCCCAACUCCAAUUUUGUUUGACAAUUCUUAUUAUAUAAACCUAGUGAGAGGAUUGGGACUGCUCAACUCUGACCAGACACUUUAUUCAGAAGGGAGUGAAACAAAAGAAAUUGUUGAAUCCUAUGCACACGAUCCUUUGGGAUUUUGGAAGCAAUUCUCUGAAUCAAUGGUGAAGAUGAGUAACAUAGUCGACCCUUUAACUUUUGUAACUGGUGAAGUUCGAAAGAAUUGUCGCACAGUCAAUGAUCCACUUUAAUGCUUCCAUUUCAUGGAUGUUUAUCAAAAAAUUUCCCUAUAACAACAUAUAGCUGAAGAGAAGAAAUAUCUUUUCAUUUCAAUCAAAGUUUGGUUUGAGAUCUAAGAGGCUCUUGACUAUUGAAAUGAAGUUGAAUCUUAAUUUAGAUAGUUAGUAUGAUUUUUCCAUAGUCAUAAAUAGUUGUAUACAAGCUUUUGGAUAAUGAAUUGUAUUUUUUUUUAUUUCGACA